CGUCAUUGUGGCUGACUCUACCCACCAAUCUCAUAUCUCAACGCGCACCUCCACCAUCAUGCGUGGCCUCGGAGACUGCUCAAGUGGGUACAAGCACCACGGCGCGGCAUGCGUAGCCUUGUUCUCUUAUCUACCAAUGGGACCGACACGUGAGCGCGUCUAGCUUACAUGCAGGUACUGUGAAUCUUUCGCUCAUCGCCGCCGUCGGAGCUCUAACCAGAAGUCUGGGAAAUGUACCUUCUGCAUAUGGUAAGGACCGACUGGGGCUGCAGCGGCCUGGGUAGGCCGUGGCCAAAUUUUUGGGAGCUUUAUAGAUGGCCGGCUUCCCAGCAUCAUCGAGUUUCCCAUCGCAGUAUACCUCUUCUCCAAUUCGUCUUGUAGCUCCAAAGUCAAGAUAACAUGAAGGCUGCUUUUUCCAAGGCCGGAGCUGCGGCUCUGCUUGCGACUACGACAAAUGCACAGCUCUAUCCCAACCAAAGUCCCCUAAACCACACAUGCCAGCUACAAGAGCCAUUGCUGUCUUGCCCUUCGCAAGACCCGUCCAUUGUCGAUUCCUGCUGUGUCGAGACUUUUGGUGGACUUGUGCUAAGCACCCAAUUCUGGAACACGUACACCGGUCGCGAGUCUGAAGGCCAACUCUUGCCCACCGACACAUGGACCCUCCAUGGUCUAUGGCCGGACUUCUGUAACGGUAGUUAUACGCAAUACUGCGACUUGAGCCGCCAAUACGAUCCUAUCCCCAGCCCGAACACCACCAACAGUCUACCAAAUGGAACAUUUGUUCCCCCAUAUAACGGCUCCAACAUCGGCACCUUCCUCGAGCCGUUUGGUCGCUACGACCUACUCGAAUACAUGAACACUUACUGGAUCGCAUGGCAGCAAGACAAUCCAGGUUUCUGGGGCCACGAGUUCUCCAAGCACGCAACCUGCUUUUCUACCUUCAACGUUCCCUGCUACGGUCCGCAGUACCGCGAGCACGAAGAUGUUGUUGACUUUUUCGAGACGGCUAUCAAGUACUACAAGAGGUUCCCGACUUUCGAUUGGCUUGCCGCCAAGGAUAUCACACCCUCAAACUCAACCACCUACUCUUACUCCGAUCUCGUCGACGUGCUGCAUGAGCAGCAUGGCGGCAUUCCCUUCUUGGGUUGCUCUGGUCCUAGGUACAAUGCGACAGAGGCUGGAAAGAACACGACUGACAGGGGUUACACUAUCCUGAGCGAGGUUUGGUACUACGAGCAUGUCUAUGGUCGCCCCCAGGAAGGCAACGCUAUUCCUGUCAACGCUUCCGCUAGCUACCUCACCAACUGCGCUACCACAGAAGGCGCAAUUCACUACCCAGAGAGGACUAACGGGUCAGAGAAGGCUCCUGUAGUUCCGUUCUAAGAACACGUACAGUGUUAAAAAUCUAUUCUAGCGACUAUCCAAAAAAAUAUGUAAUUAGAGACAAUCUCACUAGCACGUCGAUUCAAGUUUGGGAUUCGCCUUUACGAUAUGUAUGAGAAUCGGCAGUUAGUCUCGUAUAUAUGCACAUAGAUGAGAUCAAUGUCUG